AUGGCUCAAGGGUCGCAUGUUGACGGUCCCUCACAGGCGGAGCAGCUUCUGAGAGUAACAUCCGGAAUCGCUGCAGAAUUAAUCAAAGCUCACGAUACAAACCAGACUGUCUCGUUGAAUGUUCUGAGAGCCAAGAUCAGUAAAAAGUUUGCUUUUGGAGGUGUUCCGAGGCUGGUAGACAUCAUCAGUGCUAUCCCGGAUGAUUACAAGAAGGCGCUAUUGCCAAAACUUAGAGCUCGUCCAAUACGCACUGCGAGCGGGAUCGCAGUUGUCGCAGUGAUGUGCAAACCUCAUCGAUGUCCUCAUAUCGCCAUGACAGGUAACAUCUGCGUAUAUUGUCCCGGUGGUCCGGAUUCAGAUUUCGACUACAGCACGCAAAGCUACACUGGUUACGAGCCCACGAGUAUGAGAGCUAUUCGAGCCAGGAAAGUGUAUGACCCGUACGAACAGACAAGGGGACGUAUUGAACAGUUGAAAAGUCUCGGUCAUAGUGUGGACAAGGUGGAGUUCAUUAUCAUGGGUGGUACAUUCAUGAGCAUGCCAGAAGACUAUCGAGCAAAAUUUGUAGCUCAGCUGCAUAAUGCUUUGUCGGGGUUCACGGGAAUGGACGUGGAUGAAGCAGUCAGAUACUCCGAACAAAGUAAAUCCAAAGCCAUAGGGAUCACCAUUGAAACCCGACCUGAUUAUUGCUUACGGCCCCACUUGAGUCAAAUGCUGCGUUACGGUUGUACCCGUUUGGAGAUUGGAGUUCAAUCUGUAUACGAGGAUGUCGCUCGUGAUACCAAUCGUGGUCAUACCGUUCGUGCAGUUUCUGAAUCAUUCCACCUUGCAAAAGAUGCAGGGUUCAAAGUCGUAGCACAUAUGAUGCCUGACUUACCCAACGUUGGAAUUGAGCGUGAUCUCGAACAAUUCAAGGAGUAUUUCGAGAACCCUGCUUUCAGGAGCGAUGGUCUGAAGAUAUAUCCCACUUUGGUCAUUCGCGGUACGGGACUAUACGAGCUUUGGCGGACGGGAAAGUACAAGAAUUAUACGCCUAACGUUCUGGUGGAUGUUGUCGCACGAAUACUUGCCCUUGUUCCUCCUUGGACAAGAGUUUACCGGGUACAAAGGGAUAUCCCGCUACCUCUAGUGACGAGCGGCUGUGAUAACUCUGGCAAUCUUCGCGAGCUUGCUCUCAAUCGGAUGAAGGAUUUCGGCGCUGAAUGUCGAGACGUAAGGUUUCGGGAAGUCGGAAUUCAUGAAAUCCACCAUAAAGUACGCCCGGAGUCUGUAGAGCUCUUGCGACGCGAUUACACUGCCAAUGGUGGAUGGGAAACGUUCCUUUCGUAUGAAGAUCCGGAAAAAGAUAUCCUUGUUGGGUUACUGCGAUUGAGAAAAUGCUCGGACGAGGGGACUUUCCGUUCGGAAUUAGUGCGCAAGAACGGUGACGAAGGGGGGUGUAGCAUCGUCAGAGAAUUACAUGUAUAUGGGACGGCAGUACCCGUUCAUGGAAGGGAUCCCACCAAGUUCCAACAUCAGGGAUUCGGUACUUUGUUGAUGGAAGAGGCCGAGCGUAUCGCGAGGGAAGAACAUGGCAGCAUUAAAUUGGCCGUAAUUUCAGGUGUUGGUACUCGGGACUACUACCGCAAAUUGGGUUACGAGCUUGACGGACCAUAUAUGAGUAAAUCUUUACUAUGA